AAACGUACAUAACAUAAAUUACGGGUGGACUUUCCACUUAUACGAAAACGUACUAAAUAUAGUAUAUACGGAAUUCCCAGUCAGAUGUGAACAUAAAUGUACCGCAAUGUUGUGAACUAAUCAUUACAGUUCAGUACUGUGUACACAUCGGACUUAAACUUGGUUUGACAUUGUUUGAAAUCUCAAUGAUGAAUAUAGAACAGCUGCACGUGUCUGAAGUCCCGUUUCCGGAUUCCCCAGAUUUUCCGGAACACGUUUCCUUUUGCGGAUUUCAAAGCUUCUGGAAUCCGUGUAGUACGGGUAUUACCGUGCAAUCUCACCCCAUAAAACUUGCAAAUUCUGCCGAUUUUGGGGCAGCAUUGACAACAGAAUGCAAAAACAAAAAAGACGUCAAUAAACUUAAAACCUACAAGCAUUUCUUUUCAAACGUGAAAGAGGGCAGCGUUGCCCAGCAAUUACAGCUGGAUAAUGAUGAUGAAAUCAUUACAAUAGAAGAUGAGUUUGUACCAAACGACAAACACAAAGCGGUGUUGGGUUAUUUCGCAAAGGAGCAAACGGAUGGGCACAGAAGGCUUCAUCUCAUUGUCCGAAGAGAAAUCAGGGAUGGCAGUGUAUGUUGUUACGAGAUCAGUGCUCAGCUAUCGAGGGUGUCUGUGGACAGGACACACAGUGUGGUGAGAGCUCAAAACACGCGGUUGACGCUGAAUAGACCGACAGAGGAUAUGCCGCUGAAAAUUCAGGUGGAACACAUGUACCGCGUCAAAGGGACAGACCAGUAUAUGCAGGUUACACCCACCGCUGCAACGGCCAACCAUUUGCUGGGAAACGAUAUGGACAAACGUGUUAUAAAAAUUUCUAAACUAGAGAUCACAGGCCGGCCGUUCCUGAAAGUGGCACUUGCCAGUUAUGACCGUAAGUGGUACAUCGGCGUCACCGACGGUGAGAAUGUCGGCGUUACAAACACAGAGACGUGGUUCACGCAGAUCAAACGUGGAACUGAAGUUAUGUUUCUGUAUAAUGGUAAAGUUCUCGCCUACGACAAGCGGAAGGACCGUUUGGUGCUGGUGAACCGCUUCCUGCGGUUGCGAUACUUCUACGUGUUUGAAGAGAUCGUAUUGGUAUCGGGCGGUGACCAGGUGGAUGGACAAUGGUCUGAGGAGGAGAUAAACUUCGUUGUUACAGAGUUUUCCGUUUGUGCUAUCACUAACUCAGAUAAUCAGAUGGUUUCCUAAUCAGUUAAAUGUUUUGUUCUCAUCAAUGUGUGUGCGUAAAUUUGGAUGACCAAUGUUUUUUUAUAUGUUGAUCGAUUGUUAAUUAUCUAUGCUGUAUAUAUGGAUAAAUAGUUCGUUAACAUGUUGUUUAUCAUUAUACAUGUAUGUCUAAAAUUGUACAUUAUCAUUGUUGUAUGUGGAUACAUUGAUCAUAAUGUUUCUGUUUACGGAUAAAUUGGUCAUUAUUUAUUUUGAAUAUAUGGAUCAUCUGUGCAUUACAUUAUUUGUUUUAUCACUUAUAUAAUAAAAACAUAAUGAACUAAUACGA